AGAUGAGAUGUUGCUGAAUCGGUAUGAAGAUGGAUCGAUAAAACUGGAGGAAUUUGUUAAGGCUGAUCCCAGAUACCCCUCUGACAGUGAUACGGACAGUGCUCCUGAAACGAGGAACAAGAAUGUAAAUGGUGAAUCGGAUUUUGCAGAAUGUACAGACGAACGAAAAGUUAACCAGUACUCUGUUAACGAAGAAGCUGAUGCUCCUGAAGUAGAGGAUCUAGAGAUUUUCCUACACUCAGAACCUGAGUCUGUACCAGCAUUGAAAGAUCUAUUUGUCAACAAGAAUUUAACUUCUCAUCUCGGAGAAGGUCCUGUAGAUAUGCUAACAUAGACUCUCUUAUGCCGGAUGAGGAGUACUAUAAAAUUACUUGUGAGACUUAUCCUGGUGGCUGGGAGAAAUUCGUGGAGGACAUGGAGAACGGAGAGUCCUCAGAUGAGGAGAUCGAGAGAAUUGAGCUGCCCCCUGAUCUCUACAAUGAACUUAUAUCAGACAAGAGUAAUGUUGUAACUGACGAUGAUGAGGAACGGUUUAAGUUUGGUAGAAUAAACAAGGAUCAAACAGAUACUUGUCUUGAUCGAGCACUUGAGUUGUAUGAUAACUAUCAUAACAUGACGCAUGACGAGUAUAACAAAAAGGUGAAGACGGUUCUCAAAGACAGGGAUAGGAUUAUCGUUCUAGAUGAUGAUGGUGACAACACCAGAGGAAGUACUAACAAAAGUAACAUACCACAAACCAAAGACUGUGUCAGAAAACCUGAAUCUGAUGACAACUUACCUUCUUGUAGCGGUGUACACCACGAUCUAGAACAUGGUCAACAACAUCAUUGCACUGCAACCGGUUGUCUGAAGCUGUUUAAGACGCAGCUAGAGCUGGAGACACACAAAUGUGGGACGACUCGAGAAGUAUCAAGAAAGGGGAAAGAGAAAGUACACAAGUGUGACACGUGCGGGAACAUGUUUGGUUGGAGGAAUAGUCUAACAAAACACAUUAGAACAGUACACGAUAAAGUAGCGAGACUCACCUGUCCUUACUGUCAAUAUAGGACUGAUCAUCAGCACCACCUCACCCAACAUAUUUUAACACACACGGGGGAUAAGCAGUACAGGUGUACACAUUGUGACUAUACCACUGUUCAGAAAAAUACCCUCACUACUCACAUCUACCGUAACCACACAAACAAGACACACAAUUGUCAGUAUCAUGAGUGUGGUGUUAAGAAAUCCUCUGAACAGGAACUAUAUGAUCAUAUCAGUUUAGAGCAUGCACUACAACAAUACAGAUGUGAUGUGUGUCCUAUGUCUUUCAAAAAACCUGAUGGUCUUAAGAAACACAAGCUGACACACGGCGAUGAUGAGUUCAAGUUCAAGUGUAGGUAUUGUGGGAGACGGUUUCUGCGAGCAGACAACCUAAAAAGACAUACUGUGAUACACACCGGAGAGAGAGCACACAAGUGUGGUGUGUGUGGUAAGCAGUUUACUAGAAACAGUAAUCUCACAGUGCAUAUGAGAGUUCACACAGGAGCAAAACCCUACUCCUGUACUCACUGUGGUAUGAAAUUUAAUGUAAGUAGUGCAAAAAACAGACAUGAAAGUAGCUGUAAAUAUAAAUAACAUUAUAAUAUAAUAUUGUUUGUCUCAAACUUUAUUCGAAUACAUUUGCUGAAUAAGGAAAGUGUAGAUGCCGAUUGCCGACUCCUUUUUAAAUUUGCCGAACUGCCCAGUUGUAUCAAUUGUA